AUGCUGUCCACAAAACAGCUCACCCGGGCUGCCACCGCAAGAACACAGCUACUCCAAGCCGCUGCGGCCUCACAAGCGCUCGUCGCGCAAAGAAGGACGUACGCGACGCCUUCCGGACCACCGCCGAAGGGUUUCAGACUGCAACCGCCCACCGAAUGGGACCAGGAGAAGGAGGGCACGCUCAACAGGAUUGGCAAAUACUUCCUCCUCACCGAGAUGGCGCGCGGCAUGUACGUGCUGCUGGAGCAAUUUUUUAGACCACCUUACACCAUCUACUACCCCUUUGAGAAGGGUCCCAUCUCCCCGCGGUUCCGAGGCGAGCACGCACUUCGAAGAUAUCCCUCCGGUGAAGAGCGAUGCAUUGCUUGCAAGCUAUGUGAAGCUAUCUGCCCUGCUCAAGCUAUCACUAUCGAGGCCGAGGAGCGAGCGGACGGCUCUCGACGGACAACACGCUACGAUAUAGACAUGACCAAGUGCAUCUACUGCGGUUUCUGCCAGGAGUCUUGCCCCGUCGAUGCUAUUGUCGAGUCACCAAAUGCUGAAUAUGCUACGGAGACUAGAGAAGAGCUUCUCUACAACAAGGAGAAACUGCUCGCAAACGGUGAUAAGUGGGAGCCUGAGCUGGCGGCUGUUAUUCGUGCCGAUGCUCCCUACCGAUAG